AUGCUUAGAGGUCCGUCACCCACACCUAUCCAAUUCCACUGCAUUCCACCAGCUCUUCAGGACAGAGAUGUUAUAGGUGCUGCUAAAACAGGGUCUGGAAAGACCCUGGCAUUUGUGAUUCCUAUAUUAGAAAAGCUGUCGGUGGACCCGUAUGGAAUUUUUGCUUGUCUUACACCAACCCGUGAAUUAGCUUACCAGAUUACAGAUCAGUUUAAGGGUCUUGGAGCUCCUAUGGCCUUACGGACAAGUGUAAUUGUUGGAGGGAUGGAUCGGCUGCAGCAGACAGCUGAAUUAAGUCGUUCACCUCACAUUGUUGUUGCUACACCAGGACGUUUAGCUGACAUCCUAGAAACAUCAGAUUUGUCAUUGAAAAGGAUAAAGUUUCUGGUCUUAGAUGAAGCUGACAGACUCAUGGAUGGUAGAUUUGAUAAACAGCUGAAAACCAUUUGGUCAUCACUACCAGAAAAAAGGCAGACUCUUUUAUACAGCAAAACAAUAACAGACAGAGUACAACGUAUGAAAGAUCUUGCUUCCUCAGAUGUCUUCCUAUGGGAAGCAGAUUAUUCAAAGCAAGCCACUGUCACAGAGCUAGACGAGCAAUAUUCAUUAGUGAACCCAAUUGUUCUAGAUGCUACCUUGGUUGCUGUGAUAUUAGAACAACAAAAGCAAGAUCCUAAGGGCCUCAUCAUUGUCUUUACAGACACUUGUAAAAGCACGCAGGUUGUCAUAGCUAUAGCAGAUAUUUACCAGAUGCAAUAG